AUGGCUUCUUUACAUCUCUAUACUCGGACAGGGCCUCCGCCCUAUCCUAAUCCUUUGAGUCUUCCUACGACUCCUCUUCAAGAAAAGGGUCUCGCUGCUCUUUUCAUCUUUCCGGCUUUAUCGAUCAUCAUUGUGUCUAUGCAUGACUGGCUCGUGCUGGCAGCUUUGUUCUUUGCUUUGAUGAUGAUUGGUCCGCUUUAUAUGUUCAUGAAGCUCAAUUACUGGGGGUUUCACGAGCGAGAUGUACCCAAAGACCUCAAUCUUGCCGCUGGCUUCUGGUGGAACUUUCUCGUGCAGAUGUUCUACAACCCCGUCUUGGCACUCGUCAAGGCCUCGAUUCUGGUAUUCCUCCUUCGCUUGGGAGGCCAUAAAACCAACGUACGAUACGCCAUCUACGGGCUAAAUAUCUUCAAUGCUUCACACGCCGUCGCCAUUUUCUUCACGGCUCUCUUCCAAUGCUGGCCCAUUGAAGCUAACUGGGACUUUCCCUUGCGAAAGGAGCCUGGCGUUCAUUGUGUCAACAACUGGUUCCAUGUCAUUGCAUCUUGCAUCACUAUCGUAACAGACUUCCUGGUCGUUGCGCUUCCUUUUUGGAUCUUCCUUGGCUUGACCAUGCGAUGGGCAACUAAGAUUGCUGUUCUGAGUGUAUUCUUGUUGGGUAGUGUGGUCGGUAUCAUUGGCAUCAUUCGUGUCGUCUCCAUCUAUCACCAGCUCGUCGAGGGACCGCGACCCGGCGAAGACACCUUUUACUCCGUCCUUCCCGUCUGGGGCGCUGUGGAAACGAACCUCGCCAUCAUCUGCGCAUCAGUCCCCGCUCUCCGGCCGCUUUUCCGACGAUGGUUCCCUGCUCUCUUUGGAGGAAGCUCAGACGCACCAUCUGGAACUCCUUACGGCGGCCGAUAUGCCAACAACUCCCGCGGAACCGGUGGAAUGCGAUCACAUAACCACGAUGAUAUUCGUCUUAAAGACCUUCGGGUUUCACGAACUCAACAUACCGAGAUUCGAAGUGUUUCACCGACUGGAUCCGAGGAAGAGAUCAUGACAUAUAAUGGAAUUAUGCGGACUACGAAUGUUCAGGUUGCAUAUGAGAAUGCGUCAAAGGCUACUGUAUCGGAGUCGAGAACUUCAAGUGAGAUACGGUUUGAAAGCAAGGCGUCAGAGGUUAGGUCGGGGAUUUAA